AUGCCCAAGCAAAGCCCAAAAACCACCCCCGGCGACGCCUUCACUCCCAAAGAAUUGCAGGCCAGCCCGAAGCUACCACUCGGGCACGGCCGCAUAAGCAACGUCCGUGCACCCUCGCUCGUCGCUACCGCCGGCGGGGGCGGGGGAAGUGCGGGUAGAAGCGGAGGGAGCGGGACCGUGAUCACAAUUUCGACCACUGAGGGGGAGUAUUGGAAAAUGCACUACCCGGUCCAUGAACCUGCCUUAUCAUUUGGGAGUGGAGUAAGGGUAUUUGGAAGGGUUGCUAAUGGGUGGAUAUCAGGCGGGAGGGUUGAGAUUGUUGCGGAUGCGGGGGAAGUAGAGGAGGUUGGUAUCGGGGAGGUCAUACCCCUAAAAGCAUACUCCGAAGGGGUCUGUAAUACCGGUACCCCGACAUCCACCAGCGCGGCUACAGCAGUGGGCAUACUGGUCUGCAUCAGAUCCGUACCUUCCCCCGCCCCCACCCCACCCCUCCCCUCCCACCAAAUUAACGUGACUCCCACAGCAAACCUCCCGGAGGACAGCCACAACAACCGGAAGCCCGGCCCUCUCCCUACGUAUCCAAAUCCUAGACGCAACAGCCGAAGGCGUGCUAACCCUUUGGGGCCCCACCGCAACCGCAGCAAACUCUGCAGGGUGGACCCCCUUCAGUACAGCCCUCUACAUCACAUCAGCGAGGGUAAGCAUGUUCAACGGCGGCGUUCAAAUAAGUCUAACGCAAUCCUCCACCCUCCUCGCGCUACCGGUAUCCUCCUCGGCGGGGGCCGGCCUACGUCAGCACCUGCUGAAGACGUACCCGCACACGCGGCUCCAGUUACCGCUAGUGGUGUGGCCGGCGGCGGGUGUGAAGUUACUGUUCACGCUGGCGGAGUUCUCGGCGCACGCAAGCUCGAGGUCCAAAUCGCGGAAACGGGUUAUGGGUGAGCCGGUGGUAGUUUCGGGGUAUCUGUCGUUGAUACUUAUGGGCGCGGAGUUGGUGCUACUGUUCAAGCGGAAUAUGCUGUUUUUGGGGUCCUGGUUCGUUACCACAUCUGCACUGAUCUGGCAUUUUGUAUUAAUGGUGAGGUUAUUGGUGGUUCCCCAGUGGUGGGGAGUGCGUAUACACUUCCACACCAGGUACCCACGUGUGCACCAGUGCCACUAACAGCCGACAAUGCACCUGCACCUGGUCUCCAAACCCAUCCAUAGUACCUCCCCUCCCCCCGAACAUAUCCCCCCUCCUCCCCCCCCCAAGCUGAUGGAAUAGCUACCAACCCUAACCGACGAAACCGGCACAAUCCCCGGCACCGCACUCACACUCUCGCAGAAAGCUUGGGACUCCCUGCUAACACCGGACCUAGCAAGCAAGUCCAUUCAGGAACUCGCGCGGUUGGAGUCCCAGCUGGCUUACACUCGCUUCUCCUUCGCGGUCGUGUGGGAUUCUAGUGUUGGGGUUCUGCACGUUUGCGAUGUUUCGUAAAUGAGGCGCGGGUGAAGGGUCGUGGCGGGGCUUGUCGAUUCGUGGACGGAUCUGGAGAUGUCGGCAGAUUUUAGAAUGGAAAUGGAACGGAGGGAUUAAUCUCGAUAUAUUCAGCUAAGCUGGGAAAAGCGUGCGGGGGGAGAAUGAAUGAAUGAAUAGACAACUUCUUUCCCCCGUCUCCCUUCUCCCACGUCCA